AAAAAACCACUGAAAUCACUUGUUAGCAGUACACGCACGCAGAGCUAUCUUCAUUUUUCCAAUCACAUAGUACUCGAAGAAUUCGUUAUUGAACGAUAAUGUAGAAACAAUACUUUUAGAUGAUCACCAUCUAGUUCACGUAUGAAUAUGAUAACAUUCAUUGAUUGGUAAAGAGCCAAAAUUCACUAGUGAUAGCAGGUUGCUGUUUUACUGUCGUCUUUUUCUGGUUUUAGAGAAGUAGAGACCAUAAGAAAAAAUGGGAAAGCCUCAUACGACUGUUUCGUACUCGCCACUUGGGGUGACCUGGCCUGCAAUAUGUGGUGGCAUUGCUUGCUUCGUCUUCAUCUCUUUCCUGUACAAGCGUUUGAUGGCUGCGCGAACGGGAUCGCAGAUCGGACAUCCAAAAUUAGACCGACUUGCCGCCCAGAUCAAGAGUGGCGCGAUCGCUUUUUUGAAGGAGGAGUACCGAGUUCUGGGUUUCUUCGUUGGUGGUGCCGCGUUUUUGCUGUUCUUGAUUUAUGACUCAUUGUCGUUGAGGGAACAAUGUAUAAUGAGGGGACAACGAAUGUAUACUUUUUUUGUUUUCUUGAAAUAUGAAAAUUGAGUAAUCCUCCGAUCUUCAAGACAUACCCUUCUUGAUCAACUACGUGUCUUGUUUUAGUUCAAGAUACGAUGAUUUGAAUGAAUUGAAAAAUUCCCUCAUCGUCCUCACGAAAGAUGUCUACAAGCUUGAGGCUAAGCCCUUUCAUGCUCUCUUCGCCGGCAAGCAAGGCAUCGUUAUCGGCUUUCGCGUAGCAUUCUGCUUUCUGACAGGAGCAGCGCUUUCCGCGCUAGCAGGAUGGUGCGGCAUGCAUGUCGCGACAGACGGUAAUGUGCGGACCACAGUGGCGUGCACUGAGGGCACGCUGAAUGACGGGCUCGUAGUCGCCUUUACCGCGGGGAGCAUCAUGGGUAGUUAAUGAUGACUAAGAAGUCACUGGUGUCCCUGGUGUCCGGGUCUGCAUUGGAAUUCUUGCCAAGUAAAUGAAAUCACACGUGAUACUAGUACUUUAGAAAAGAACAUGUUUAUGUUUAAUUAUUUUGAACUACAAGUACAAUUUGAAUGAUUUUGAUGAAUUCACAACUGCUUCCACGACUAGGCUUUGCUGUCGUUGGCCUUGGACUGACGGGUCUCAGCUUAGUCUUUUUGUUCGUGGCAACGGGAGACGACUACGUGCAUACCAUGCAGGAGUUAGCAGGCUUCGGCUUUGGCGCAAGUUCGAUUGCCCUGUUUGCGAGAGUGGCAGGCGGCAUCUACACGAAAGCGGCGGAUGUAGGCGCAGAUCUCGUAGGCAAGGUCGAGGCAGGCAUAGAUGAAGACGAUCCGCAUAAUCCAGCAGUCAUUGCCGACAAUGUCGGGGACAAUGUGGGAGACGUCGCUGGUAUGGGUGCCGAUCUAUUCGAGUCUUACGUUGGUAGCGUCAUUGCAGCUGCAACACUAGCCACGCUAGACACGAACAAUCCGGAGUACGUGAACUACAAGGUAAUACGUGAACUACAAUGUAACUUUUAGGCGAAGACGAACUUUCUCUACUGAUUCAAUAAUGUCAUGAAUGGUAACCGUUUAGGUCGAUAAUCGUUUUAGAUGACUUCCUUCGAUCACAGUCAUUGCCGCUUGUCCACAGCACAUUCACCAAGCGAUAAGUUCUGGACGUAGGACGAGAAGCUCAUCCAGGUAG